AUGUUUACCACAUUUGCUUUUAAUACCACCGUCUCUAAGCGACCCACCUUCUCCUUCAUUGGUAUUCCUGGUCUGGAGGCCGCAAAUAUAUGGAUCUCUAUCCCCUUCUGUCUCCUGUACUUUGUAGCCCUAGUGGGUAAUACUCUUCUGCUCAUCUUAGUUAGAGCAGAACGGAAUCUUCAUGAACCUCAGUUCUACUUCUUGGCCAUGCUCGCCCUUACUGACCUCGGGCUCUCACUGUCCACGAUGCCUAGUGUCUUGGCUAUCUUCUGGUUUGAUGUCCGCCACAUUGGCCUGGACGCCUGCCUAGCCCAAAUGUUCUUCAUCCACACCCUCUCCUCCGUAGAAUCGGGUGUCCUCGUGGCCAUGGCUUUUGACCGGUUGGUAGCUAUCUGUGCUCCCCUAAACUACACCAGGAUCCUGACCCACUGUACAGUUGGCUGCCUAACUGGAGCUGCCCUCAUACGAGGGGCCACCCUGCUGGCCCCUUUGCCUUUCUUCCUCAGGACCUUUCCUUUCUGUGGGGCCAAUAUUCUCUCCCACUCUUACUGCUACUACCCAGACAUGCUGAACCUGGCCUGCGGGGACAUCACGUUCAGCAGUGCCUAUGGACUGGCUUUCGUACUCGGCACAUUUGCAGUGGAUGUGGUCUUCAUCCUGGCUUCCUACAUGAAGAUUCUGGGCACAAUUAUGAAGCUGGGGACUCAGGACAGAAACUGGAGACCACUGCAUACUUGUGCCUGUCACCUGUCCACCGUGAUCAUAUUUUACCUGCCCCUCAUCAGCUUGGCUGUGCUGCAUCGUUACACCCAGGACACUUCCCCAGUUCUGUAUACCACCAUGAGUAAUGCCUACCUCCUCAUGACACCACUGCUCAACCCUCUCGUCUACAGUCUCAAAUCCCGGCAGAUCCAGGCAGCCCUACACAAGCGAUUUUGGGUGCAACGUGUCAUUGCUGGGGAAUGA